AUGGCCGAUUACAGAGAAUUCGACUUUCCGCCCGAACUGUGCUGUUCGCCCAGCCCGCUAAUCGCUGUCGCCGGCUUGGACACGGUCAAUAACGCCGUGCACAGGUCCAUUUGGGACGCUUUCCACAGCCCCGUCGGUCGCGAGAGCAGAGCCGUUUUGAAUUUCUUCCACCUGACGUCCGAGUACAGGUUUCCGGCCACUAGCGAGAAGGUUAGUGGGUAGUUAGAUGACCUCGUAUAUAACGCGGUGUACGCAUAAUUAUAUUGCAUUUUUUUUUCUCUGGUCAUUGUUUUCCUCAGCGGGUCAUGCCUUACAUCCCGAAGGGUGUGCUAAAAAAAAAUUGGAUAGAAAAGCACUUGCGUUAUGAUCCCGCCGUUGUAGUCAUAUUCUACGACUGUGAUUGGGACGACGAAUCGUGGACGGAAAAGAUCAGCGAGUGCUCUUCGAGAGUGCAGUCAAUCAGGUAAUCGGUUAACGUUUCGUAUCGUCGAUUGGUUUUUCUAUGCUCGCGACGAUAUCGUUUGAGUUAUAAUACCGUAGUGCCCAGCGUUAGAUAAUAUUGUAAUAUUUAUGCGAAUGAUUUUACAGGUUAUCUCUGGAAGGAAGAAAAUCAAGAAUCGUUGUAGUUUUGAUUCAAAAACGAAUGCCUAUUCCGACUGUGGAUGACGCCGUUACAAACGUCAGGGCCGCAUCAUUGUGCGAAGCAUGUACCCUGAACCCAAAAGCGUUAUUUAUGCUUCCAGUGGUGGACAAUAUACACGGCUAUGCUAUUAGGUAAUGUGCCUAGAUUCAAUUGUAUACUUUAGAUACAAUUCUAAAAGUGUUGAUGAUUGACUUGUUAUAGGCUAGAAAAUGCAUUUUAUGAUUUGGCGCAAAAUUACUACCAACAGCAAAUUAGAGCAGUGAAAUUGAAAUUAGAAAAUCUCAGUAAAACUAGUCAUCAAUAUCUGAUUGUCAGGUACACGUUCAAAAUUGGAUUUUACAACGAGCUCAAACAAGAUCAUCACAAUGCUCAUAAGUUAGUAUAACAUUUUUUUUAAAUUUUAAAUUCGUACAUUUUAAUUUAUUAUGUCGAAUAUUGUAAUUUUCACAUUUAGGCACUAUCAUCAGUGUUACAUGUCUUUGCUAGAAAUACGAACUUUUGACACAAACAUAUAUGAAGUGAAGGUUAUAGCAGCUUACAUUGUGUACAAAAUAAGUAGAUUAUUGUUUGCCAUGAAGAGAGCUCGAGACGCACUCACGCAAUUUAAUUCUUAUAUAAAUGAAUUUAAACUGAAGACAGGGCCCCCAGAAUUGUUGUUUGAACACUACGGUUGGUUGUCGAAACAGUAAGUUUUUUUUAUACCUACAACUUGUUUCCGAGUUUUGGGCAGUAAAAAUAAUAUUUUUCCAACAGAUUUUCUAUGUUUGCUUCACUGUUCGAUGAUACUACAGCAGAAAGUUUUACUGCAACUCAGGCAUUGAAUCCAGGAUUUUUUUUCAAAGAAGCUGCCGAAUAUGCGAAAAAAAGAAAGAUUAGCGCUUAUGAAAUUUGUCAGGUUAGGUCUUAAUAUAAAAUAUUAUUGUGAAUCAAUAUUACAAUUUUUAAAAACAACUAUGGGGCAUUAUUUUAUUCUUAAUCAAUAUUUUUUUUCUCGACAAAAACCUAAAAAAUGAGCUAGAAAUUACAUUUAAAAAUGAAUUCAUUUUUUUCUUUUUAAAGUAUAAUAUUUCGUAUAAACUUUAUUAAUAUUAAUUGUGAGUCAGAAAAUUUUGUCCCAGUAAAUAAGUGUUAAACUAUCUAGGUUUUGAGCAUGUGAUAAAUUUAUUGGUUUUAAUGUGUGAUUAUUUUUUUUUUUGUAUGUAAACAACUAUUAUUUUGCUCUGUUUAUUAUGUGUAUUUUGUCUACUUGGUGCAUUAGGAAAUAAAUUGGGGAAAUGGAUGCAAUAACAGUUUCUGAUAUUUUCUUUUUUGUACUUUGGUUAAAAAUAUUUUUAUAGAUCUGGCAUUUGUAUUAAAUACAUUUAUUGGCCUUUUUUUAAAAUAUAAUAUCAUUUUUAAAACAUUUUGAUUUUUUAUAUAAACAAAAUUAUUUUAGCCCAGUACAAAUUUUCGAAAAUUUGUCACAUCAUAGGAGUAAAAUAAAAAUGUUGAGUAUAAUGUAGUUUUUUUUAUAAGUAUUUAAAGUUCAGAUUUUGAUCAAAAUCUCAAAAUAUAUAGCAUUUCACAUAGUAUUUUCCAAUUGUUGUAAAUAAAAUUGAUUUGCCUAUCAAAAGUUCUAUAUGAAAAACAAUAAAAUUGUAAUUUAUUUUGAUUUAAAUUAAUACAAUUUUCAAUUUACAUUUAUCAAAAUAUGUUCAAUUGAACUUUUUUGCUCAAUAUGAUUGUUUUUUUGUGGUAAUUUAUUAUUGAAUACAGAUGUAAACUAACUUAUGUUUUAUAUCCUAACUUUCCAGAUUUAUCUUAUUAGAUAAUGAACCAUGUAAUUUAAUAUUAGAAUUUGUAACUGUAUAAAUAAUCCAAAUGUAUAAAUGUUAUCAUUUAAAAAUACUAGUUUUUCUACCAAAUGCAGUGACAGUCUUUAACCACUGCAAGAAUAAAUCAAAAUAAAUUCCAUUAUAUUUUUAUGUUACAAGAUCAAAAUGAAUUUCAAAUCUGUUCUAUUGGGUAUUUAGUUUUAUUUAAUUACUGCCAAUUUUCAGUUUGUUUCAUUCAACACCCCAGCUUUGGUUUAGUUUGAAAAUCAAACAGUUUGUAACAUUAUUAACUUGCAAAAAUGCUUACUGUUAAAAAGUCUCAAAUGUAUUGAAAAUUAAAAUAUCGGUGAUGUUGCAUAUAAUUUUUAACAGAUUAAUUUGUAUGCCAUUAGGGUGUCAAUGUUUACCCGGCUAGUAAUCCAUUAAGUGAAUGGAACAAUAUAGAAUUCUAUGGUCAACGACCUUGGCGACUAAUGAAAACUCUGAGUAAUGUAGACUAUGACACUGUUGAAGCAGACGGUAUUCAAGCUUUACGGUAUUUCGAAAAUACCAAAGUCGAUCAUUCGGUAUGUACACAUAGUUUAAAAUAAUGAAAAUAAAUAAUUAAAUACUAUAUUUUAUCAUUUAAUGUCUACAUUAAACAUUGUUUUUUUUUUUUUUUUUAGAAAUCAAUCAUCAAUCUUUUAGGAAAUGCAAUGAAACAGUUCAAAAAUUACAAAUGUCCUAGAAUGAGAAAUUUGUUGGGUACUUAUAUUUUUAUGAACUAUUGUUAAAAUAUUAUUCAAACCUUUUUUUCAGCUGUACAGAUGGCUGACGAGUAUUACAAUGCAAAAGAUUACAGUAAAGCUCUAACGUUAGUAUUAGCAAAUAAAUUAUAUACAGCUGACAAAUUAUAAUUUUAAUUCCAUAUGAAAUAGAUUGUGGAGUCACAUGUUAUGGGAUUAUCGAGACGAAGGCUGGAUAGCAAUUGCCUACGAGUUAGUAAAUAAAUGUCUGAAAUGUGCUUAUUUAACAGCGAGUGUUCAGAAUUAUGUGGAAUUAAAUCUAGAGGCCCUAAAAUAUUACCAAAAUUCUGAUCUACAAAAAGCUUUAAAUAAUAUUGGUGCAAUCAUACAAGUGAAUAAUAAAAUUAUUCUACAAUAAGAAUAAUAUGACAUUUAAUAAUAACAUUUUUAUUAACUUUCAAUAUAACCUAACCAUUUAGUAAAAUAAUUAACCGUGGGUUUUAGAGACAAAUUCCAGAACCUGAUAAAGAACUGAGCGACUAUGAGAAAAAUAUUGCCACAGAAAUGUGGCAAAAAUGUGAUGCUAUGAAACCAAAAUCUAUUUUAGAAGUUGACAUGUCAGUGACAAAUUCUACAGUGGACACAAAAGUCGUUUUGAAAGAAGUCUCGUGUGACGGCAUUGAAUUUGAUAUAUUUUUGAAGUAUUUGUAUUUUCAUUGUUUUAUUAUGGGUACAAUUAAUCAUUGCAAUAUUGAGUUUCAACUUUUACAGGGCAAAUUUUCCUGUGUUUGUACAGUUUUAUAAACUUACAGCUUGUGUUACUUGUAUUGAUAAUUCAUACGAUGUUGAAGUUUGCACUAAUAAAAAUGAACUUGUUUAUGGAAAAUCAAAAACAUAUAAAUAUACUUGUAAAUUUGUACCCUCACCAAAUGACGUUGGGAAAGAAAUCACUGUAAGUGUAUAAACUGUAACUUAAUAGUUAUUGCUAAAAUAUUCAUUGAUAAUAUUAUUUAGUUUUUUAAACUGCUGCUAAAUAUUUAUUUAGCAUCAUUUUAAUAUGAAUAUUAUGAAAAUAGUAUUCACUAUUUUCAAUUUUUUUCCUCUUUUAGGUAAAUUCUAUUCAACUCCAAUUAGGAAAUGAGCCUGAAUUUCCGAUAGUAUUAAAAUUUUAUUGUUCUACUAAAAAAACCAAAAAUUUCGAAAGAGAAAUUAAUAAUUUCAGGUAUUAUAAAAUAGCAUUGUUUUUGUAUAAAUGAAUACACAUUGCAUAAAUAUUAUUUUUAUUUCAAGUUUGUCUAAGACUUCUGAUGACGAAUACGAUCGAUUGAAACAAAUUACGUCUGCUACUCUAAAGCCAAGAAGUUCGAAGCUUGGUAUGGAAAUCAAACACGAUAAUCCGGCAUUACUGUUAGAAUGGUAUAAAGUGUCUGUGUGUUUGACUAAUUUAGAGAAUCAACCUGUUAGCGACGUUUGUUUAAAUCUGUCACUAGAUCGCAGCAACAAUGAAAAAGUUGAACUCACAAGUAAGUGCUUAAAAUAAAAUUAUAUAAAUCCAUGGGAAUGUUAUUAUAAUCAUACAUAUUUGUAAAAAUACGAUAUUUACAGCUGAAAUAUGUGAGGAUACAAACUCAAAUUUAUUAUCAUUACCAGUUGAUUUCAAAUUGGACAGAAUGCUCGUCGGAGAACAAAAAACCCAAUAUUUUUAUAUUCGUUCUUCAAGUUUGGAAACCAGAUGUUUUCAGCUUAUGGUUAGAAAAAUAUUACUUUAUAUAUACAAAUAUUUACUUACUAUAUACUUUCAUUAAUCUUCAACCUUAUUUUCUUGACAUUUAAGAAUGUUUAGUGUUUACUGAAUAGGUUAAUUAGUUAUAACCGUUAUAAUACUGGUCAUUGUUCCAGAUAAGUUAUAUGAUGAAAGAUGAUAAUGAAACAAUGAUUGCUUGUGUGAAAGAUGUUGAAAUUGUGAUUGACGUGGUAGUUGUUUUCGAUAUAUCCGUAACUUAUAUGUCUUCCAAGUUUGAACCUGUAACAAAGGUGUAUAUGGGCGAACCAUUAAUAGUGAUGCCAAGCAUAAAAUGUCUUUCACCAUGGCCAAUAUUUAUUGAGAAUACAUCUUUUCAAUUGGUAAUAUUUAAUGGGGUGAAAAAUUAAAUUCAAAUAUAAUUUUCCAUUUGUUUUUUAUUUAUAUUUUAGGCUGAACACGUGUCUGUUUCUUCUGGAGGUUAUCAAUCUGUACUAAAUGAAGUGGUUUUAGAAUCUGAUGAAGUUGCUACUGAAGUAAUUUGUAUACUUCCUUCUGAACUCAGUGAAAACUCUUUAGGACGUUUCACCGUAAACUGGAAAAGGUGUGUUAAAUAAUCACUUAACAUGAAUUGUUUAUACUUGUGCGUCUUGUAAAGUGCAAUGCAUAUUUCAAUUACUGUGUGUUAAUAAUAUUAUAAUUGCAGUAAAUAGAUAUUUUUAUAUUAUUGCAGGUCCAAUUUGGAAAGUAAAUCCAAUAGCGGUUAUUCCAGUUUAGAGUUACCUAAAUUAGCUAUUGAAAAAUCUACAUUCCUGGUGGGUGUACUAAACAAAUACAUAUGUUUUUAUUCUCACAUAAAUGACUAAUAGAUUUUAUUUUCAGGUGGAUAUGAAAAUACCUGCCCAUGGAUGGCUACAUACGCCAAUGAGUGUUGUGUACUUAUUGCACAAUAACUCUGAAUCUCUUUUGACAUUAGACGUUUCAAUGGAAGCUAAUGAAGCAUUUAUGAUGGCAGGACACAAAGACGUAUGUGUACAAAAUGAUAACAUUGCAGUUUUAACUGUAGUAUUCAUUGAAUAUUUUCCUAUGGUUAUAUUAUUAUAGUUAAACGUCACAGUUCUGCCAGAAAGUACAUACGAGCUACAUUACAAUCUCUAUCCACUUGUUGUUGGGGUGUCUACAUUACCAAAAAUGCAUAUUAGCUGUACUUCCGAACCUAACGAUUUCAAAAAUAUACUUAACGAUAUGCUAGUCAGAUCUUUGCAAACACAAAUUUAUAUAAUGGUGAGUAAUAGUAUUCCCAAAGAGAAGAAUACUAAAUAUUAUUAAUUUGUAAUAGUAUUAAUGUAAUCUAUGUUGAUUUAAAAUUUCAGCCUAAACAUGUACCAACGAAUAUUGCUGCGGACGUUUAG